GCGGAUUAACGAACGAACAGCUAGUUAGUUAGCCUAUUGUUUUGGGAAGUUACGCCGCUUUCAUGAUGUCAGGACGACAAAAUAGCGAUAAUAUCGAGAUCCUUUUUUCAUUUGAGCUUUUGGUGGAGUGUAUUCGAGUCGAGACACAAAGUCAAGUUUCUGACGAGCUGGCUCUGGGAGUGCGACUGCUGGAUUUCCCAACGCUGCUCAUUUAUCAGCCUCCAAAGAGCAGCGGUGACAUUAACCAACAAGGACAUCAUGUAAAGGAGCAGCAGGGAGAAUACACCUUCAACAGAGGGAAGUCUUGCUUCUUCAAAAUGAACCUGAACUCACUGCAUACCCAUCUAUCUAACACCCCGCUCUAUGCUAUGGUGUUGGAUGUGAAAGAAGAGAUCCCAAAAUUAGUUGGUACCUCACUCAUCUCACUGGCAAAAGUGAUGGACAGAGUCAUGCAGGACGUGACUGAACAUGGUGUUACAACUCCCUCCUCUCAUGGUGAAAGAGGAGCUGUUUGUGUAUGCAACCUUAUGGGUGAGAAAAUCGGAUCAAUUUCCCUGAGUUACAAACUGCUAAGUCUGGGAGCCAGUUUACAUAUCACAGAAAGGAGGGAUCUUAAAAGCGCUGGUGCUCAUGGAGUACAGCAUGUACAGCAAAGCAGCAUGGAGAAAAACACAUCUGCAGAAUCACUGCCUCCUGACAGUGUGGAUGUCUGUUCAUCGCAGACGCCGGGUGUUAGGGAACACAUCCAAAACAACAAACCGUCUAAUGAGAAUAUCUUCAUCAAUGAGAUAAAACAGGACAAUAGUGUUUGUGUUGACAUGCAGAAACCACAAAGUCGACCUCCUCAGACACUCAAAGAAAACAAUUUUGAAGACGAUUUAAGUAUUUUCUGUCCGCCACUUCUCUUCUACAGCAAUUCUGCGGAGGACAACAGCAAAAAUGAAGGAGGAGAUUACAAAAUACUUAAUCUAGACUCAGAGGCAUUCACAUCUGAAGAUUCAGAGGAAGAGACAGGUGAAAAUAAAAGCAAUGUUACAAGCUCUCUGAUGGUGAACCACAGAGCAAGACAUGAAAACACUUCAAAACACCAAGAAACAAGUGGGACGACUCCAAGUGUCCUCGGGGACGCCUUACGACAGUUGCCUCUACUAAAUGCUCUUCUCGUUGAGCUGUCACAGUUGAAUGGGCAGAACCAACACCAGCCGCUGUCCAUUCACCCCAAUCUAUCUUGGAUUUACAGGCCCGCUUCCACAGAGCCUUCAGCCGGGCAUAGAAACACACCACAAAAGGCACAAACAAAAUUGUUGCAGAAAACCAGACAGGGGACUAGUCCCCACUCAAAACAUUUACAUUCCCCCAGAUACUGUUCUACACCAGUGGUUAGGCCCGCAUCUGUUCCAGUGAACAACAAACAAGAAAAGGCUUUGACUGAGAGUAAAAGCUCCAGUAAAUCUCCUCAGAAGAAGCUUGUUUAUGGCACAACUAAAACAUUCAAUCUAAGACUGAAGCAAAUUUCCCCUCUGAGAGUAAAACGUCGUGAAUGCAUUGAUUUAAUACAGAAUGAAACACAGUCAAAAAUGACUAGAGGAAAGACAAAGUCGAGCAAGAAGAGCAUGAAGCCCAGCAGAAGAAAAUCAACAUUAAAUCAGAGCUCCAGUCUCAAUGAAAAUAUUGAGACAGUGAUACAAAGCGUCACAGCGGACUCUAAACUACAAGAAACAAUCGCACUAAAACAGAAAACUCUGCAUGGAAAAAUCCAUGGUGAAAAAGACAGAGACUCUCUGAGAAUUUUAGAAAAACCUUCCCUCUCUGAAAGAGACUUUAUUCAGAUCCCCAGAGUGGAUUGUGACACUGUUGCCCACAACAAAGACAAGAAGGAGCAUCACAGUGAGUCAAAUGAAGUCAAAUCUCAGUGUGAAGCCGACAAGCGCAGAGAGGAAAUUGAUUCUUCAGGGAGCAGCAGACACAUCAGCCCAAAAUCUUCAUUUUCAGACUCCAGCAGGGAAAGAAAUGAGGAGGAAGACUACGCCGAUGACUUUAACAGCUUUGAGCCCAGCGAUGCCUACUCCCCUGACCCUGUGAGCAGCCCUGAGCCCUCCAGAGCCAAAACGCCCAGGUCUCCUGUCCGCCCCGACUUUUCCAACUCUGAAGGUUUCCAGAGGAGAGCAGUUCUCCCUGUGCCCAUCAAAGCCCCGAGCUCUCCACAGCGCGCCCUGAGGGGCACGCACAUCAUCCGACCUCGAACCAAAGCCUCGGCCCUCAGCUUCUCCUCCGACGAUGGUGACAGAGACGGGACGUCUUCCUUGCAAACCAUAUGCUCCAGAAAACAGAUGACGGAGAGUAGUAGAGUAGAAAGAAGCUCUGGUGGGGAGAGUUUCAUAUCAUCGAGAGGUCAAAGGAGCGGGUCAAGCGGAAACAGCGGUCCUGUUCGAGGAUUUUCUGCAGAAUCAGUAUCCUCCUUUGAACGACAAGAGAUUGAGGAACUGGAGGAUGAGCUCGGAUCUCUGGAUUUCAAAAAGGAGUAUCGGCAUAUCUCAGAGCUAGUGGCCAACAAACUCCCUGGUUAUACUAUGUAAACAUUAUGGAAUUCCAGAAUUCAUUAUGUGCAGAUCUAGCAAAUAUGUACAUUUCUGUGUGUUUAAAUUAUCCUUUUACUUCUGAUGUCCAAUUAUUUGAAUAAAG